AUGAAUAUUUUACGUAGACUAAUGUCAGGUAUAAACCCUGCGUUAAGCCUUUGUAAUGCAAUAAAUAUUAAUAAGCACAAUAUUCUUAAUAGUUCAAAAAUUAGAUAUGCGUCAAAUGCGAAGGCAAAGGGCGAGCAUAGAAUCGAAAAGGAUAGUUUUGGGGAAUUAAAAGUGCCCGCAGAUAAAUACUAUGGUGCACAAACGCUAAGAUCAGUAAUGAACUUUCCAAUUGGCGGUGAAUUCGAAAGAAUGCCAUACCCGUCAUCAGUGCCAUGGGCAUUCUAAAGAAGGCAGCGGCUUUGGUUAACAAGGAUUACGGUUUGGAUCCGAAAAUAGCCGAUACGAUUGCUUGUGCUGCAGACGAAGUAAUUUCAGGAAAACUGUACUGUGAUCAUUUCCCCUUAGUUAUUUGGCAGACCGGCUCUGGUACUCAAACUAAUAUGAAUAGUAAUGAAGUUAUAAGCAAUAGAGCCAUAGAAAUACUUGGUGGAAAACUUGGAUCCAAAACACCGGUCCAUCCUAACGACCACGUUAACAAGGGACAAAGCAGUAACGACACUUUUCCCACUGCCAUGCACAUCGCUGUGGCCUUGGAAAUCGAACAUACUCUUAUGCCAGGCCUUAAGAUGUUACACGACGGUCUGGAGAAAAAAUCGAAAGAAUUUAAAGACAUUAUUAAAAUAGGUAGAACUCAUACGCAGGAUGCAGUACCAUUAACGCUGGGUCAAGAAUUUAGUGGUUACACUCAACAAAUUUGUUUCGGCAUUGAUAGAGUUUGCGACACAUUACCAAGACUAAGGAUGUUAGCUUUGGGUGGCACCGCCGUUGGUACAGGUUUAAACACCAACAAAGGAUUUGCUGAAAAAUCUGCAGCAAAAAUAUCUGAACUAACCGGCUUGCCGUUCACAACAGCUCCUAAUAAAUUCGAAGCACUCGCUGCUCGCGAUGCUAUGGUAGAAGUAUCUGGAGCCUUAAACGUUCUUGCUGUAUCUAUUAUGAAGAUCGCGAAUGAUAUCAGGUUUUUAGGUUCUGGUCCCAGGUGUGGUCUAGGAGAAUUAUUGCUUCCAGAAAAUGAACCAGGUAGCUCAAUCAUGCCAGGUAAAGUUAACCCCACUCAAUGCGAAGCCAUCACCAUGGUAGCAGCUCAAGUGAUCGGAAACCAUGUAGCAGUCACUAUUGGUGGUGCCAACGGACAUUUUGAACUAAACGUUUUCAAGCCAAUGAUUGUGUCAAACGUGCUACGAUCCAUAAGAUUAUUAGGCGACAGUUGCACAUGCUUUACAAAGAACUGUGUCAACGGUAUUGUCGCCAAUAAGGAAAGAAUCCAUAAAUUGCUACAUGAAAGUCUUAUGUUAGUAACGGCGCUGAAUCCUCAUAUUGGAUAUGAUAAAGCUGCCCAGAUUGCCAAAACAGCGCAUAAAGAACAUUCUACGUUGAAGAAAACGGCUGUAAAAUUGAAUAUGCUUACAGAACAACAAUUCGAUGAGUGGGUUAAGCCAGAGAAAAUGCUUGGGCCGAAAUAA